GUGAGCACAUACAUAUCUACUCACGCACACGCACGCGCACACACACACACGCGCGCACGCAGGCACACACUACUCACAUUAGAACAUCUCUACUAGCCUGGGGAAAACUUCAAAGCUAACGGCUGCUGGCACAGGCAAGGUGCAAUCAUGGACUUCAUCUGAAUAUAUUAUUGGUUUACUACAUUUGGAUGCAAAGAAACAGAUUGAAAUAAAUAAAUAAACACAUGAAGCAUUGCAUUGCAUAACCUUUGUUACAUCACAUUGGUUUGACCAGAAGGAGAGAGAUCACAUGGACUAGGAGACGAGGAAAGGCACAGACUGAUUGGACCACCGCAUUUGAAAGGACUGUUGCAGCGGUAACUUCCCUCACUCAGUAUUUGGACAGCUCCCUUGUUCUGGCUGGUGGAAGCGAGGCAGCAGCAGCAGCUUCAGCAGCAUCACUAACAGCAGCAUCACUAACAGCAGUGCUGCUUGCUUCCACCCUUCAGCACAGCAGAGUCAGUGUGAAGACUCGGGACCAUGGCCAGCAUGCAGCAGGGAGAGAAGCAGCUCUUUGAAAAGUUCUGGAGGGGAACCUUCAAAGCUGUGGCCACUCCGAGACCAGGGAGCAUCCUUGUAGCCAGCAUCAUUGCCCGAAGGACUGUGGCCAACAGCGACACAUCAAACUGUCAAGCUUCAGAAGCAGAUGAAGGAAAGCCUGCAGUCAUGACAGAGCAGACCUCAGACAGGAAUGGAUGUAUCAAGGCAAGGGAAAGCGAGCACCGCAGCCACCACAGGUCACCUAGCCUAUCCUUUGAUGAGGAUCUCUCCCCUCCACCUGCACCCAAGGGGAAGAAGAAGAAGAAGAAGAAGAAGAAGAAGAAGAAGUCUGACCGCAAGAGAAGAAGGAGGUCUCCUUCAUACAGCCCAUCUCCCGUAAGAAAGAAGAAAAAGAAGAGCUCAAGGAAAAGAAAAAGAAAUAGGUCUGCAUCAGAAAAGAGAAGACAUAGUUCUUCAACCCCAAAAAGUAAAAGAAAAGUUGAGAGAAAGCACAGGAAAAGGUCUCGGAGUCAUUCCCGAAGGAGGCACCGCUGCCGGCACUCUGAAUCCGGGAGUUCCACCAGGCAUUCCUCAAGCAGCAACAGCAGACACAGACGAAGGUCUCCAGAAGCAGGAAGCCUGCGAAGCCCAGCAAGGCGCCACACCUCCAGUGGAAACCUGCCCAACUCUGUGGAACAGGGCGGCUCAACAUGGGUGCGGUCAGACAUGCCCGGGUGCAAAGCCCCUCUGAAUCACUGCUCCAUCUCAUCCGACACAAUUAUAAAGCACUCAGGGUCUGCAGCUGGUUUAUUUACCGAAAAGGAAAGCAACCAUGACAUUGUGUCCAAUCAGCAUAAAGGUCAUCAGGAUUAUGAUUCUGGCAAUGAUACAUCCUCACCGCCAUCUACAAAAACAGGCCUGCCAAGGUCAAAGGACGACGAAGAGAAAAACAUUGUGUAUCAAGUAGAGUUACCGUCCCCGGAGAAACUCCGAUCCAACGAUGAUGACAGCGGCUCUGAUUCUGGGAAUUCCGUGAGCAGUUACUCAUCCCUCUGUCAGCCUCUCCUCUCUGCCAGCCCAGUCACUAGCAAAAUUGAAAGAGAGGUUUCCUCUCCAUGUUUAGGGGCAGUGGGGGAGAAGCGUAGGACCUCCUCACCAAAAGGGGGCUCUAUCUAUCUCAGAGGCCGGUCAAGGACACACUCGCACAGCAGCAGCAGAAGCUGCAAUUCUCGAAGCUCCAGCUGUUUCUCACGCUCCCCUGAGCACAAACUCUCCCCCGACUACUCCAGAAGAAGAUCCCUGUCUUCAGAGGAAAGUUGUUAUUCCCGGUCUUCCAGCUACUCUGCAAAAUCUCGGAAGAGGAGCUUGGAGAGCUGGAGCUCACAGUCCUGUCGGAGCCCAAGUUACUCCCGAUAUAACCCAGACAGGUCCCGAGAGACAGACAAUAAGAAGUAUGGUUCGAAGGAGAAAGAGUCCAAGCGCGAGAGAGAGCGGAGGAGAUGCCAGUCAUACUCUCCAAUGAGGAAGCGCAGGAGAGAUUCCCCCAGCCACCUGGAGGCUCGUCGCAUCACCAGUGCUCGGAAGAGGCCGAUUCCAUACUACCGGCCAAGCCCCUCAUCCUCUAGCAGGUCCAGCAGCUGCUGCUCCUGGUACAGCAGCCGGAGCCGCAGUGCAACCCACUGCCACAGUGGAACACGCAGCAGGAGCCGGAGCCGGAGCCACUCAACAUACCGAAACCACAGCCGGAGCCCGUCCUGGACCUCGGGGAGCCGACGCAGCCGGAGCCCGUCCUGGAGCUCAGGGAGCCGACGCAGCCGGAGCAGCCUCAGUGAGAGCUACGACUCACUGCGCAGCUCCAGCAGGGGGUGCCGCUAACACCCUGCCUGCUGUGGAGCACGUCACUGCAGGACUGAGCGGAUCACUUGGGGAUCACAACUUCCAUGUCAGAGGCUUUGAAGAGUCUGAAAUGCAUGAAGAAGGGCAUUGCCUGUCAGAGUUGUGUAUCACUGUACUGUAAUACGUGGAAAUGGUUUCCAUUUUAUUAAUGUGGUUCUACCCGGAGCAGCUUGCAGGCUGUGGGACGGGUCUUUUAGCAGCUGCUCGAGUGAUCCAGAGCAGAAUGCUGGGAGACCCGGACCAUACGAGUGGAACAGCAAUCUGGAUCAGGUCCAGAACUGAUCCCUAAGAGAUCCACUUCAAAUGGAGAAGUAGCCACACUGUUCAUUCUGUGUCGUGUUAUUACCCCUGGACGACGCCUGCCUUCCCCUCACCCCAUUGCGUGCUAUGUGUGGAACUCCAUGCAUGCAAUGAGUGCUGGAAGUGCUAAAGAUACUGAGCCAUCAAGGAAAAGAAACACGUAUCCUUCUAGCCCCAGCUUCAGGGGCCCCUUGCAGUUUGGGGUCAGUGCUGUCACACUCCCUCUUUAAGUGUCAUUUACUCUAUUCUGAACAUAUCUACUUCUUCAAGCGGAUUACUAUGGGAAGAAGAAGAGACCAAAUUGAAGUGCACAUGACAAAUUCUAAUUGAGAUUUUAGAAGGGUUGUCUCAUCUUUUCAUCUACUGAAAAGAUAAUUUAGUUUUGUUAGAAAGCGAUUAGAAAAGGGUGAACACUCUUGUUAUUAAGAACACAAUGUGUCCAAUCACACAAUCUGCUGUUAACAGCUUCUUGCCAACACAAGCAAAUCAGAUAAUGCUAAACCAGCCCAGGCAGGUUGGAAUAAUAGCACUUCAUAAUUCACAGCACCACACAUCCACUUUAAAAACACCCUUGCUUUAGUGCAUGUAUAAUGAAGGGAAGUGUGAAACCAGCUUCCUAACACCAGCGCAUCAAUCAGCAUUUUAAACAUGGUCACAGUGUUUAAUCCAGACUCACUCCAAAGCUGAGACUGACAAUCAGGGCAGACUGGUCUUUCACAACAUUAGAUACAAGUCUUAACAACAGAGUCUUCAUCUUAUUAAGAGUUCUUACUAAUAAUGACAACCCACUGUAUGUAGCUUAAAUGAAACCCCCAAAGCCAAAUAAAGAAUGUUGAACUGGCAUGAGGAGGGGCACAGUGACAGCAUUCCACAUCAAGAGUCCCAUUCCUCUUCCCUUCAUAGCAGCUUGUUAUUUGAGUUAUUUUAGAUGCUGUAACAUAUCUAUGUAAUGUAUUGUGCAGUAUUUUAACGUGAAAUGAACAUGCAAAACCUCAGAGUCAUUUCAUUUGGAUCAAUGUUUUGCGUGCAUCAGGUGUUUUUUUUUUGGUUUUUUUUACGUCGAUGUUUUAAUAUUUAUGUAUGUAUUUAUUUAUUUAUUUAUUUAUUUAUUUAUUUAUUUAUUUAUUUAUUAAUAUGCAGAGAAUCAAAGCCAUGAACUUCUCAACCAGAACUAAAAGCAUUUAGUUUGGUUGGACUUCAUUCUUUUUGUUAUUUUUGUUUAUGCAAAUGUACAGCUUUGUACACAUUCUUUAUUCAUGUGCUGCGAUCAGCAUGUGGUCAGCAUCCAAACUGCUGUGUUCUUUCUGUACGCGCUCCAGGGCUUGUAUGAAAAUCACGAAUCAUUCAGUAAUAAAAUAUGGAAUGGGUGAAGAACAUCUCUAGAGCCUUAACUGUUCUUGCAGAACAGCUCACUUUUAUUUGAAGGAAAUCUAAAUGCUUCCGCUUGCUCUGCUUGUACUGUAGUUAUUUGCAUGCAUAGAGAAUGCUUGCAGAACAUAUCUCCUAUGAAUACAAUCCAACCUUAAUAUUUGCUAUAUAUAAGGAACAAGUUUAACGUAUUUCUAUGUCCCUGUAUGGGUUAGGGCUAGGAACGGGUGAGCUGAACAGAUUUAUAUACAGUAGCUUGUAUUCCCUAACCCUUCCACUUCUCCCAUUAAUUAAUAAUCUGGUAAAACAGUGGACAUAUUAAAACAGUGCUUUCAAUGAUCAGGUUUCAGUCAUCUGACAUGCACCAAGGCCAGCAAACCCUUCUUCACACAGACAUGGGAAUGACUUGAUUAAUUACAAGGCCUGGAGUUGGGUCCAUGAAAGUGAACUUUAUUUAUUUCAAUAUUUUUCUGUAUGCCAUCAUGAUUGUUACACAGUGCUGUAUGUAUUAUUUAUUUGUGUUUUACAUAUUAUUUCUGUUGCUGUUAUUUAUUACUAAUAUCAACUGUGUGUUUUAAUAUAGAUGGUGUCAUUAUGUUCCAAAAAGAAAAGGAUUUUUAAUUGUGUUGGAAAAAAAGAACAAUAUGUUUCUGAGAUAAUAUCUCUAGUAAUAGUCGAACAAUGCAACCCCUUCCCAAAAUGUGCAGGUUUUUAUUGUCAUACUAUGUGAGUGAGAUGUACCAAAAUGUUACUUGCAAGUGUUUGAUUCCUGGUAUUUUCUCUAUGCACUGUAUAUAUUAAUGGGAAAGACAAUGUCAUGCCUUGGUAUAUUAUUUACUGUAUGUAUUGUAACUUAUUUAUAGAGAAUAGUAAAAAUCUGAUAUUUAAAAUUGAUGUCACAAGGAAAAAAAAAUAUUCUAGUACUUUUGGAGUCAUUUAUUUUAGCACAUGCAAAUCAAUCUCUUUUGGCUUAUAGUUCAAUUGAAUUGUUUGUACUUCAUAAUGGUUUUCCAAAGACAGUAAGUGUGACCCCCAAGCUGCUAACAUGAAUUGAGAUAGUUGUAGUUGUUUGGCAAGUCCAUGAUCAUGGGUUAAUGCAAAGUUCUAGUUGUCAUAGCAACUGGAAGCUUGUCAGUUAACAACCCAAUCAAUGGCUGUGGACUUCCCAAAAGAAACAUUAAAUAAAGCUGGUUUGGUCGGGCUGGCUUUUAGUCCUAAAGCGAUAUUGCAAGCAGCUCUGUAAAUAUUUCCCAGUUCUUAACAAUUUGUAGAAAGUCAGUCCUUUCUGAGGGCAUUAAUGUAUCCAAUGAUGGAAGUGACUUGUGAGAAUACAGCUUGGUAUUAUAGGCAAGCUUGUUUUAGUCUGAGCUUAUGAACUGCAGUGGAAAAGCUUUCUAUGUGGCUUCAAAGCAGUGUGUUCCACAGCAGACUGAACGCACUGCACAGAUAGUACAGUCGUUUUAUUUAUUGUUUCUAUUAUGUAAUCAAUUAAAUAAUAAAAGGAACAGAAACAUCUAUAUAAUCUGAACUUUUAGACUAGUCGGAGUACCUUGGGUUCAGGUAAUACCUCCAACACUGUUGAGAAGAUUAAUCACAAAUGACUGGCUGGGUGGUCCGAGGUCUAAUGACAUGGAGCCACAACCAAGACUCCCUUUAUUCAUCUAGCGUCACCUUGGAAUCCAGCUAGAAGGUCAUUUUUAUAAGUAGAACUCUGCAGAAAUAAGGUGUAUUUAUAAAAUGAGUGUAAAUCAUGUUCCAGCUGUAUUCGUGUCCCUCUUCAGUCAAGAGCAUCUACCAGUAUACUACAGUUAGGGUUUGAAAUGUGUUUAGAGCAAAAGCCAGAGAGGAGCAAGAAUCUAGUGGAAAUCCCUGUGCACAUCUUGUGUGUGUGUGUGUGUGUGUGUGUGUGUGUGCUUUUCAAUUUAAAACUGUCUGUUUAUGUUAUUGUACUGACUGUACCUCUUCCCUUACCUUGAUUGUUCUCCAUUGAAAAUAAUUAUAAUAAUAAUAAUAAUAAUAAUAAUAAUAAUAAUAAUAAUAAUAAUAAUAAUAAUAAUAAUAAUAAUAAUAUGAUGGGAUAACCUACAAAAAGGUCUUCCUCAUGGAUUUCAUUUGUGAUCUUUUUUAAAUAAAGAUCUGACUCCA